AAUAAAGGUAAAAUAUGUACAUAAACGGCAACAACAAAUCUCAAUCUCCACUUGUAAAAUACGAUCAAUCAGAGAACAAAAUCCUGACUUCUUGGAUUUCCUAUUGUUCCAUCAGAAAGUUGCGGAAUUCCGAGAAGAAUAAUUGGAGUGGAAAUAACUCUGGCCCUAUAUAGAAAAUAUCGGCAAUUACAGAUCAUGCGUAGAUCGGAGUGAAAAUAUCCCUGGUCCUAUAUCAAUAUAUCGAUUAUCACAGAUCAUGCGUAGAUCGGAGUGGAUAUGACCCUGGUCCUAUAUCAAUAUAUCGAUUAUCACAGAUCGUGUUUAGAUCGGAGUGAAAAUGACCCUGGUCCUAUAUCAAUAUAUCGAUUAUCACAGAUCAUGUUUAUAUCGGAGUGAAAAUAACCCUGGUCCUAUAUCAAUAUAUCGAUUAUCACAGAUUCCUGCGUAGAUCGGAGUGAAAAUAUCCCUGGUCCUAUAUCAAUAUAUCGAUAUCACAGAUCAUGCGUAGAUCGGAGUGAAAAUAUCCCUGGUCCUAUAUCAAUAUAUCGAUUAUCACAGAUUCCUGCGUAGAUCGGAGUGAAAAUAUCCCUGGUCCUAUAUCAAUAUAUCGAUAUCACAGAUCAUGUUUAGAUCGGAGUGAAAAUAUCCCUGGUCCUAUAUCAAUAUAUCUAUUAUCACAGAUCAUGCGUAGAUCGGAGUGGAAAUGACCCUGGUCCUAUAUCAAUACACAGUAUAUCGAUUAUCACAGAUCAUGUUUAGAUCGGAGUGAAAAUGACCCUUGUCCUAUAUCAAUAUAUCGAUUAUCACAGAUCAUGUUUAGAUCGGAGUGGAAAUAACCCUGGUCCUAUAUCAAUAAUUCGGGUAUCACAGAUCAUGCUUACAUCGGAGUAAAAUAACCCGGGUUGUGUGUCUCAUAAUAAAUAAGUAACUUUUCAUGCAUAUAAAUGACAUAUAUAUAUGACGAUAAUCUCAAAAAUGAUUAUAUUGGUAAAUCAAGAGUCAAUAGUGUAAAAUAUACAGUAACUGAAGAUAUUCCAUAGGUUAAAGAUAUGAAACAUACAAAAAAACUGUUGUACCAUAGUUUCAGUGUAAUAGCAACAAAACCGUGUAGUGAAGCAACUGGCAAUGGGGUAACUCUAAGGGAUACGGUCCAAAUAGUUGUCCUAAUGGUGAUGGGGGUAACGAGGAGGGAUAAGGUCCAAAUAGUUGUCCUAAAGGCGAUGGGGGUAACGAGGAGGGAUAAGGUCCAGACAGUUCUCCUAAUGGUGAUGGGGGUAACGAGGAGGGAUAAGGUCCAGACAGUUCUCCUAAAGGCGAUGGGGGUAACGAGGAGGGAUAAGGUCCAAAUAGUUGUCCUAAUGGUGAUGGGGGUAACGAGGAGGGAUAAGGUCCAGACAGUUCUCCUAAUGGUGAUGGGGGUAACGAGGAGGGAUAAGGUCCAGACAGUUCUCCUAAAGGCGAUGGGGGUAACGAGGAGGGAUAAGGUCCAGACAGUUGUCCCAAUGGUGAUGGGGGUAACGAGGAGGGAUAAGGUCCAGACAGUUCUCCUAAUGGUGAUGGGGGUAACGAGGAGGGAUAAGGUCCAGACAGUUCUCCUAAUGGUGAUGGGGGUAAUGAGGAGGGAUAAGGUCCAGGCAGUUCUCCUAAUGACGAUGGGGGUAACGAGGAGGGAUAAGGUCCAGACAGUUCUCCUAAAGACGAUGGGGGUAACGAGGAGGGAUAAGGUCCAGACAGUUCUCCUAAUGGCGAUGAGGGUAACGAGGAGGGAUAAGGUCCAGACAGUUCUCCUAAUGGCGAUGAGGGUAACGAGGAGGGAUAAGGUCCAGACAGUUCUUCUCAUGGUGAUGGGGGUAACGAGGAGGGAUAAGGUCCAGACAGUUCUCCUAAAGACGAUGGGGGUAACGAGGAGGAUAAGGUCCAGACAGUUCUCCUAAUGGCGAUAGGGGUAACGAGGAGGGAUAAGGUCCAGACAGUUCUCCUAAUGGUGAUGGGGGUAACGAGGAGGGAUAAGGUCCAAAUAGUUGUCCUAAUGGUGAUGGGGAUAACGAGGAGGGAUAAGGUCCAGACAGUUCUCCUAAUGGUGAUGGGGGUAAUGAGGAGGGAUAAGGUCCAAAUAGUUGUCCUAAUGGUGAUGGGGAUAACGAGGAGGGAUAAGGUCCAGACAGUUCUCCUAAUGGUGAUGGGGGUAACGAGGAGGGAUAAGGUCCAGACAGUUCUCCUAAUGGCGAUAGGGGUAACGAGGAGGGAUAAGGUCCAGACAGUUCUCCUAAUGGUGAUGGGGGUAAUGAGGAGGGAUAAGGUCCAAAUAGUUGUCCUAAUGGUGAUGAGGGUAACGAGGAGGGAUAAGGUCCAGACAGUUCUCCUAAUGGCGAUGAGGGUAACGAGGAGGGAUAAGGUCCAGACAGUUCUCCUAAUGGCGAUGAGGGUAACGAGGAGGGAUAAGGUCCAGACAGUUCUCCUAAUGGCGAUGAGGGUAACGAGGAGGGAUAAGGUCCAGACAGUUCUCCUAAUGGCGAUGAGGGUAACGAGGAGGGAUAAGGUCCAGACAGUUCUCCUAAUGGCGAUGAGGGUAACGAGGAGGGAUAAGGUCCAGACAGUUCUCCUAAUGGCGAUGAGGGUAACGAGGAGGGAUAAGGUCCAGACAGUUCUCCUAAUGGCGAUGAGGGUAACGAGGAGGGAUAAGGUCCAGACAGUUCUCCUAAUGGCGAUGGGGGUAACGAGGAGGGAUAAGGUCCAAAUAGUUGUCCUAAUGGUGAUGGGGGUAACGAGGAGGGAUAAGGUCCAGGCAGUUCUCCUAAUGGCGAUGGGGGUAACGAGGAGGGAUAAGGUCCAAAUAGUUGUCCUAAUGGUGAUGGGGGUAACGAGGAGGGAUAAGGUCCAGACAGUUCUCCUAAUGGCGAUGGGGGUAACGAGGAGGGAUAAGGUCCAAAUAGUUGUCCUAAUGGUGAUGGGGGUAACGAGGAGGGAUAAGGUCCAAAUAGUUGUCCUAAUGGCGAUGGGGGUAACGAGGAGGGAUAAGGUCCAGACAGUUCUCCUAAAGGCGAUGGGGGUAACGAGGAGGGAUAAGGUCCAAAUAGUUGUCCUAAUGGUGAUGGGGGUAACGAGGAGUGAUAAGGUCCAGACAGUUCUCCUAAUGACGAUGGGGGUAACGAGGAGGGAUAAGGUCCAAAUAGUUGUCCUAAUGGCGAUGGGGGUAACGAGGAGGGAUAAGGUCCAGACAGUUGUCCCAAUGGUGAUGGGGGUAACGAGGAGGGAUAAGGUCCAGACAGUUGUCCCAAUGGUGAUGGGGGUAACGAGGAGGGAUUAGGUCCAAAUAGUUGUCCUUAUGGUGAUGGG